AGUUUCAUUAGCUUUUCCCUCUGGCUCCAAAAAAGUCUACCUACGGCUUUCAAAUUCGUUCCCCUCCUUUGUUCUUUCUUCCAUUAGUCCAUUACUGAUUCCUCUCCUCACAAGGCAUCUCUCUCUCUCUCUCUCUCCCCCAGCCCCAGGAAAUGAAAAUUGUUUCCUGGUCAUUGGGUCAUCUUAAAUUCUUAAUCUGAAAAAAAUUUUAAAGCACCCCCACCCCGCCCUCUAUAUUCCUCCUCUCCUGAUUCUCUUCUUAAAUUCCAACCAUGUCUUUGAUUCCCACAAAAGUUUUUUUCUUUUAUUUUCAUCCUACCAUGUAUCAUCUGGGAUUUCUUCUCCUCUUGGGUAUCUCUUCGAUUGUCUCUGCUCACGAGAAUUUCGAUCCUCACCUGUUUCCUAGACCUUUAAUCGUCCAAUACCCUGAUAGUCUGAAGCUCGAGUUGAAAGAAUCCGACGAGGAGCUACUGUUACAAUGUACGAGCUGGAGGUUUGCUGCUGAAACUAAUAACUUAAACCCAUGGAAGACGAUCCCCUCAGAGUGCGCAGGUUAUGUGAAGGACUACGUGACGGGCAGGGGUUACCUUGUCGAUCUUGAAAGGGUCUCGAAGGAGGCGAUUGCUUAUGCGAGGAGCGUCCAGUUGGUAGGGGACGGGAAGGAUGCCUGGAUUUUCGAUAUCGACGAGACCCUGCUCUCCAAUCUUCCGUAUUACGCCGACCAUGGCUACGGCCUGGAGGUUUUCGAUGGGCGUGAGUUUGAUAAAUGGGUGGAAAAGGCUAUGGCUCCUGUCAUAGAGUCCAGUUUGAAGUUGUAUGAAGAGGUGUUGGAGUUGGGGUUCAAGGUUUUCUUGUUGACUGGGCGCAGCGAAAGGCAUAGAAGUGUUACAAUUGAGAAUUUGAGAGAUGCAGGAUUCCAAAAUUGGGACAAGCUCAUUCUGAGAAACUUGGGGGAUAAUGGAAAAUCGGCUACUUUAUACAAGUCAGAGAGGAGAAGUGAGAUGGUGAAUGAGGGGUAUAGGAUUCUCGGGAACUCUGGAGACCAAUGGAGUGAUUUACUUGGUUCCUCCACAUCUAACCGUUCUUUCAAACUUCCAAAUCCCAUGUACUACAUUCCCUGAUAUGCAUUUAUUUUUAGCAAAUAACAGCAAUAGAGCCGAAACUUUUAUAUUUGUGGCAAACAAUAUGUACUUGUGAUUAUGGACAAGUUGCUUAAGUCUGAAAUGUAAAGGUUUCCAAACAUCCAAAGUCAAUUGUAUUAAUAAUAUGACAAGAAAAAAUGUUAUCAAGCAUUAGGAACA